GAGGGAACCCGCCUCGCCUCGCCUCGCCUCGCCUGGCCGGCUGGGUGCGGCCCUGAGGAGACCCUCCGGAAGGGAAGCAGGCAGGCAAGCAGGCCGGCAGGACCCUUCGCCAUGGAGGAUGUGGGGAGGGAGGCCGACGUCUCCGAGCUGCAGCGCCUGGUGGCGGCCGAGGAGCAGCGGGCCCGGCUCACCGCCCAGGUUCACAACUUCAUGGAAGUUUGCUGGGAUAAAUGUGUCGACAAACCAGGCUCCAAGCUAGACUCCAGAACGGAAACCUGUCUGGCCAACUGCGUCAACCGCUUCAUAGACACAACGCUGUCCAUGACCAAUCGCUUUGCACAGAUAGUCCAGAAAGGAGGGCACUGACGACUGCAAAGAGGUCUAUUUUAUUUUAGUCAGCGGACUUAACAGUAACCCAUCUUUCUUGGAUCCCUGCUUGGUCAGAAGUUCUACCUCAGUGCAGAAAUAGUUGACCAGCCACUUAUGCAAGUCUGUAACUGUUCUUUCCUGAAUGGCAUUGAACUGGGUCAUGUAGAACAACCUGCACUACAUGCAGGCUAAUAAACCGAGAAGAGUUGUCUAAGCA